AUGGGUCGCCCAGAGCAGACAGACAGCGCGAACGACAAGGAGCGAGCAACUGUUGCGGGAACGCAUCUCGAACAACUCCCUCUCGAAGAUCCGCAAGAUCAUGGCUUCAUCGCGGACUCGAGUGAACUGCCAAAGGGCUACUACAAGAGCCCGUCUUUCAUCGGCACCAUAUGCGCUGUGGGCUUCGCUUCGGCCGGAGCUGUUGGCGGGUUCGCUCUCGCUGCGCCUAAUCUGAGCAUCAUAAAUGCCGAUAUUGGACCAGUCCCCGGGUCGGUGGUUGACUGGGUGUCGCUCGUCUAUACUCUGGGCGGAGCGGUGGGACUCUUGCUCGUUGGGAGAUUGAGUGAUCUAUUUGGACGUCGCUGGUUCAUGAUUGGCGGCUCUACCCUCGCCCUCGUCGGUUCCAUCAUCGCUGCAACGGCACAGACAAUCCCUGUCCUCAUCGGCGCGGUGAGCAUCAUUGGAGUAGCAGCGGCGGCACAGUUGUCCUUUACUCUGGUGUCCAACGAGCUGGUUCCUAUGAAACAUCGCUUCCUGAUGAACGGUAUCAUCUAUCUCUGGUCGGUCCCGAUAUCUGGCAUCGGACCCGCGGUCUCAAAAGCGUUUGUGCUUCAGACUUCGGCAGGAUGGAGAGGCGGUUUCUAUCUGAUGAUUGCGGUCAACGCUACGGCCGCGAUACUCUACACCAUCUUCUAUUUCCCGCCAACGUUCGAGGAAAAGUUCUCGGGUCGAACGAAGCUACAGCAGCUCAAAGACUUUGAUUUUCUCGGCGCAUGUCUUUUCACCGCCGGCCUCGUCUUGUUUCUUCUGGGACUCUCCUCUGGUGGAACGGUGUAUCCCUGGGACUCAGCCAUCGUAAUCAGUUUCCUGGUCGUCGGCGUCGCGGUCCUCGUCGCGUUUGCUCUCUGGGAGAUAUACGCUCCGCUCAGAGAGCCUCUACUGCCCGUGAAGCUGUUCAAGAGGUUCUCCUGGGUAGCCGUUUCCGUCGACUUAGGUCUCGGGGCAUCUGUCUACUACGCCAUGGCCAUAAUCUGGCCUCAGAUGGUCGCAGUUCUCUACACCGACGACGGCGGAGCCUCGAUGCGUGCCGGCUGGCUGAAUACCAUUCCAGGGAUUACCAUUGUUGCUGGACAGAUUACAGCUGGGCCAUUGGCUCGCCACGUAGGCAAGACGAAGAUCCAGGGUAUUGUCUGCCUACUUGUUGGCGGAAGCCUUCUCGCCGGUAUCGCAUCGUGCGGUGUUGGUGACCUCGCAAGGGCGGCAGCCCUAAUGGCCGUGGGCAACUUCUUCAUUGGCUGGCUAGAGAGCAUCCUGCUAGUCAAUGCAGGCAUUGACAUCGCGAAUCAGCGGGAUAUUGGCGUCGCACUCGGCGCAGCUACAUCGAUGCGCAGCACAAUUUCGACCUUUGCUUCGACGAUCUACCUUACCGUGCUCUCCAAUCGUCUCGCGACGACCAUCCCGGCUGUCGUACCUCCUGCACUGGUUGCAGCUGGCCUGCCCCGUUCUCAAGUCGAGGCUUUCUUGACCGGGUUAACCACGGGCAAUCUCACCGGCGUGCAAGGACUUACGCCGAGCAUAGCCACAGCCGGAAAGCAAGCGUAUCAGAAAGCCAACGCAAUGGCGUUCUCGACCGUCUUCCUGACGACGUUGGCUUUUACGGGCGUGGCUGUUGUGCUCUCUUUCUUUUUGCCGAAUGUUGACGAUGCUAUGAGCGGACAGGUUUCGGCGACUUUGCAUCAGAGGCGAGAAAAGAGGGCGAAUGAGGCGAAAGAAGUGUGA